UGUUUAGAUCCUCAACUUCCGAAGUGGGAGGAAGUUCGCUUGGCGUUCUGUGGUGUCUGCAGCCUCAGUGCCCAUCACGAUCAAAACACUGUACGGAGGUGAGUGUCUGAACCGUUUAACAUGAACCGUAAAAGAAACCAUUGCUAUAUCGAAACAGGACAGUCAUCGGAGCCCCAGAGCGCGUUUAUGGACAUUACAGCAUCCUUCAAUCGAGAGGAUGAAAAUUUCUCUGAGCUCGAACCAGACGAGCAGCUGGUAUGCUCGGUGACCGAGAUCACGGAACAUCUCGGCAGGAACAUCACGGUGGUGCUGGAGUCCGCGCUGUCCGAGAUACGAAAGCUGGUCAGCGUCCGGAUCAGAGUCCUUAAAAUGGAGCUCCGCGAGAAGAGCGACGAGAUCGAGCUGCUCAAGGCCAAACUGGAGUCGACGGAGAAAGACGGAAGAGUUUCGAACUCCAGCAGUUUGGAGGGCAGGAAAACGGACCAGAAAUACAGCGCAGACAUGAAGAAGACCAAACCCGGGAUGCCAGUGGUCAAGAAGGAGAACAUAAACGCGAUCUGUGACUAUCUGAUGAAGGAUAAGAACCAGCGGGGUGGUGCUGAAGUGGAUAGCGACCAAAGCGACCAGGCGUUUGGGUCAGAGCGGGAUGCGCGAGCUGAACCGCAGCCGCACGCGUCUCUGAGCCUGUGGACGGAUAGCGGUGCCGGGGAUACGGACGCGGACACGGACAUCUUUAACAUGUUACCGUCUGCCAGCAAACGCAUGUAUGACUAUGAGUGGAUGACUGGAGUGGAGCUCAACUCAACCGAGUUCAAAGGUGAUGCUGAAAUGAAAUGUGAAAAUGUUCCUGCUGAGGAAGGCGAUGACACUGAAGAUUCAGACGGAGAUAGAGGACGUUUGCGGUCAGUUUCUGACUCAAACCCCUCUCAGUUUUCUUUAGACACACCGGGCUCCCCCCGAGAAGACAGAAGCAGCCCAGCAGAGGACAAUGUGGACAAAAUAGAGCCAGGUCAGCAAUUCUCCUCUCAUACGUUUAUUUGCCCCUUCUGUGGGACUCUCUGCCCUGACUCCUCUUUCCUGGAGGAACACAUAAAGCUUAUGCACCACGAUGAAAGAACCCAGGCUCUGCAGUCCCCUCCGGGAGGUUCUUCCUCUCGCGUUGAUGGUGAUUCGGGGGAAGCAGGCCGAGCUCUGGGAGGCCCAGAAGGACAUGUAAGGGGGGCACCUGUGAAGAAAGUGGAGGGUGGCUACGAGUGUGGAGACUGCGGCCGGCAUUUCAACUAUUUGGGCAACCUGCGACAGCACCAGCGCAUCCACACUGGCGAGAAGCCGUUUGUCUGCUCCGAGUGCGGGGAACGUUUCCGCCAUGCCGCACGUCUCAAGAGUCACCGGCUUAGCCACAGUGGGGCCCAGAGCCCCUUUCCUUGCCCUCAGUGUGGUAAAGGCUUCCCGGUGCUGUCUGGACUCAAGCGCCAUCAACGUGUACAUACUGGAGAGAGUCCUUAUGCUUGUCCCCAGUGCGGGCGCAGAUUUAAGGAGCUGGGCAAUUUAUAUACACACAUGCGCAUUCACAGUGGGGCCACCCCCUAUUCUUGCUACCAGUGUGGGCGGAGUUUCAGACAUCUAGGCACAUAUAAGAGUCAUCGCUGUAUGCCUGCUACUCAGCUGCCCAGUGGGCAUAGUCCAGCAUGGGCACAGGAAGACAAGGUGCAAACUGGCUAAUAUCAUGUCAUCAAAGUUAAAUAAAGUCAAAUAUGUGGUGGUAAAUUGGCGACGUCAGCUGCUGGUUCAGGAACAGUUUUAUUCUGAAGACAGUAAACAACGAAUGACGUGUGGUCAAAUGGACAGAAUCAGUCUGUAGAAGAAAGGAAAUCUCAGUACCUGUUGUAUCAUCAUGACAAGAAAAUCAUGAAGGUGUGUGGAUUAACACAUCUUUCAUUUAUUUUAGACAACAUUAUCUUGUUAGAUGCAGUUUUUUAAACAUUUUGCAAUAAUGUGAUCUCAUUUCAGACACGAAAGGUUUUGGAUGUCCAUACACCGUAUUUCAAGAUUUCACUAAAUAAAUAACAUUUUGUUUAAA